GACCGUGACUGGUGAAGACUGAAUAGCGGGGGAAACACUGGGGACUGUUUCUCCUGGGUACCACGCUGAGUCUGCAAUUUCAGGGGACCCGCCGGCUUAGCCAAACUCUGGAUGUUUAACUUAAAAGCAGAAGUGAAAGGAAAGCAGUUUUCCGCACUGCACUUUGAGGAGGUGAGCCGCAGGCUGCGCUUGCAGAGCAGAGAUGGAAAAAGAGGCGCAAGAGAAGAAAGGGAAGCUGACCUUGGUCCUUUCCCUGGCAACGCUGAUAUCUGCCUUUGGUUCAUCCUUUCAAUAUGGGUACAACGUGGCUGCUGUCAACUCACCGUCAGAGAUCAUGAAGCAGUUUUACAAUAGCACCUACCAUGAAAGAACCCAGGACAGGUUUGACUCCUUCACCUUGACCCUGCUGUGGUCCCUGACGGUGUCCAUGUUUCCCUUUGGAGGCUUUGUGGGCUCUGUCUUGGUUGGAACCUUGGUGAAUAAAUUGGGCAGAAAAGGGGCCUUACUGUUCAACAACAUAUUCUCCAUCGUGCCGGCCAUCUUAAUGGGGUGCAGCAAAAUCCUCAAAUCAUUUGAGCUUAUAAUUAUUUCCAGACUUCUGGUUGGAAUAUGUGCAGGUAUAUCUUCCAAUGUGGUCCCCAUGUACUUAGGGGAACUCGCCCCUAAGAACCUGCGAGGGGCUCUUGGAGUCGUACCCCAGCUCUUCAUCACUGUCGGCAUCCUCGUGGCCCAGCUGUUUGGCUUUCGGAAUCUCUUGGCAAAUGAGGAAGGGUGGCCAAUCCUCCUGGGACUAACUGGAGUCCCCGCGGCUCUGCAGCUUAUUAUCCUGCCCUUCUUUCCUGAGAGUCCCCGCUACCUCCUGAUUCAGAAGAAAAACGAGGCAGCUGCUCAGAAAGCCCUGCAGACACUUCGAGGUUGGAAAGAUGUGGCCGCGGAGAUGGAAGAGAUCCGGAGGGAAGACGAGGCCGAGAAGGCGGCGGGCUUCGUCUCAGUGGUGAAGCUGUUCAAGAUGAAGUCCCUGCGCUGGCAGCUCAUCUCUGUUGUGGUCCUCAUGGCCGGCCAGCAGCUGUCGGGAGUGAAUGCGAUCUACUACUAUGCUGAUGAGAUCUACCUGAGCGCAGGUGUGAAUAGCAGUGAUGUCCAGUAUGUGACAGCUGGGACAGGGGCGGUCAAUGUGUUCAUGACCAUUGUCACGAUCUUUGUGGUAGAGUGUUGGGGACGACGACUUCUCCUCCUCCUCGGCUUCUCCACCUGCCUCAUCUCCUGUAUUGUCCUGACGGUUGCACUGGCUCUGCAGGACACCGUCUCCUGGCUGCCUUUUGUCAGCAUCGUCUGUGUCAUCGUCUAUGUCAUAGGACACGCCGUGGGACCCAGUCCCAUCCCGGCCCUGUUCAUCACUGAGAUCUUCCUGCAGUCCUCCCGGCCAUCCGCCUACAUGAUUGGAGGCAGUGUCCACUGGCUCUCCAACUUCACCGUGGGGCUCAUCUUCCCAUUCAUUCAAGUGGGCCUCGGCGCCUACAGUUUCAUCAUCUUUGCAAUCAUAUGUCUUCUCACCACCGUCUACAUCUUCCUCAUUAUCCCGGAGACCAAGGGCAGGUCGUUCAUUGAGAUCAACCAGAUUUUUGCCAAGAAGAACAAGGUGUCGGACGUAUACCCAGCGAAGGAGGAACUCAAAGACCUCCCACCUGGCACCUCUGAGCAGUAGCGGAGCCAGGCCACGAGCCAGGAUGGCCGGUCUGCAUGGACCUCCUGUCUAGACGUUGGUUCUGGAUUCUUACUGUCUGUGACACUGGAAC